AUGAAGUCUGCAGCUAUUGCUCUCGGACUCGGCGCCGUCGUCAACGGCCUCGCCAUCCGCAACGACGGAUGCCAGUUCCACAUCACUGCCGGCGGCGACGUCGUCGGCUGCGUCGGUGAAAUCUCCUCUGGACAGGUCCGCGCCGGCAACGGCGUCCAGUCCUCGACCUUUACCUUUAACGGCGGCAAGAUCACCGACGACAAGGGCCGCGGCUGCUGGUGGACCCCCCCAACCGGCGUUCUUCAGUGCGACGAGGGCCAGACCCCCGACGGCGGCUUCACCAUCGGCUGCGACGGCACCGUCUCCUGGAACGGCCAGACCACCUUCUUCGAGUGCGCCACCGGCGAGCAGGGCCAGUGGAACGUCUACAACAAAAAGGAACAGGGCGCCAACUGCGGCGAGGUCACCCUCACAGCCGACGGCUGCCACGGCGACUGCCCCCCUCCCCCUCCCCCUCCCCCUCCUCCCUCCAACACCUGCCCGACCGACCUGAGCGGCGCCUACGAGUUCCCGCACCUCAUCGUCCCCGUCGACAAGUCCAAGCCCGACACGGCCGCCGGCACGUCCUACUUUGGCGUCGUCAACGGCGACGUCUCGUCCAUCUUUGACUUUGACAUCCCCGGCGGCGACCAGGGCAAGAAGUGCAGCCUCGUCUUCCUCUUCCCCGAGCAAAAGGACCUGGAGACGUCCAGCUUCACCAUCUCGGGCGACGGCAAGCUCGACUUCUCCAAGCUCAAGGCCGCCGCCACCGAGGGCACCACCUACAACAACCAGCCCGGCAAGGAGGCCGACCUCGGCCAGGUCACCGUCUCCCCCGGCCACUCGUACAGCAUCGCCACGUUUGACUGCCCCGCCGGACAGCGCGUCGCCUACGAGAUUGCCGCGGCUGGCAACACCAACUUCAAGUACUUCCAGGACUACAACCCCUCGCCCAUUGGUCUCUACAUCACCAAGUGCUAA